CGUUCCCCCGCUCGGUAAUUUCGGUCGGCCGAGUCUGGCUGUCUGGGCUGCUCUUAAAGGGAACAGGAGGCGUCUGUCUCUGUGGAGUUAAACAGUAGCUAAUCGAGUAUUUAGGUCCAUCGGUCCGGUUCUCUUUUACAGAGCGCAGAGAAAUGGAGCCGUUCCUGUACAAAUGUCCUCGUUUCGGUGCCUGAAAUAUAUUUCGGGGGAAUGCAGUCAUCAACAGCAGAGGACAGUAGUGAUGGCACCUCUGGGGUGUCUGCUGAGUCGGUGGUGCAAGUGUCUUUUCCCAGUGUGCGGUCAUCUGUGCUGGAUAGCCUUAACCGACAGCGUGAGGAUGGGCAGCUUUGUGACCUCUCCAUACAUGUGCAGGGCCAGGUGUUUAAGGCCCAUCGAUGUGUGUUGGCUGCCUCCUCACCUUACUUCCAUGACCAGGUGCUCCUGAAGAACAUGUCCACUGUGUCCAUCCCAGCCGUCAUGGACCCAGUGGCAUUUGAGAGUGUCCUCAGCUGUGCCUACACUGGACAGUUGCGAAUGCUGCGUGAAGACAUUGUUAACUACCUCACUGUUGGGAGUGUUCUCCAAAUGUGGCACAUUGUGGACAAGUGCACAGAACUACUCAAAGAGUUCAGGUCAGGAUCUAAUGGGCCACAGGGGGUUGGUACUGCUAUGGAGAACACUGGAUGCAGCAGCAGCGCUAACAAGGAAGCCUAUGAAGAUGGAGGAGACACGCAGUGUAUGGUGCAACCUCCAACCCGUACCUCAGUGAGUGAAAGUCAGUCUCCAAGCAGCACAAAUUACUUUAGUCCUAAAGAUGCCAGUUUUGGUGGAGCCAUGGUAACUACUGGAGCAGCAGGAGAUGGAACUGAACACUCCACUUCUAACUACUGCAUGCCAUCCAGUCGAGGGGAAACGUUCCUAAUUGAAGAGGACGAUGACGAGGACGACUUUGAACUUUUGUACCCUAGAAAACCGGAACGGGGAAGUAGCAGGAGAAAGAAGUCCAUCCCGGUCUCUGAUCAAGAAAUGGGAGAGAGUGACAGUUUUGGAGUUUCAUCCUACCAAGAUGGAGAGUCGUCUCCACCGUUGAAGCGUCCCACAUAUAGUCAGCCAAGCAUAAUGCCUCGAAAGCAGUGGGUAGUUGUAAAAACUGAGCGUUCUAGGGAUGACGAUCUCAUUGUAGUUUCUGGAGAAGAAGGGGGUGAGGAUGAAGAGGAGAGAGAGUUAGAGCUUGCAAAGCAGAGAGAAAGAGAGAGGACAUUUAAUAUUUCUAAUGUUAGAACUCUCUCUGCAAACCUCAGUAGCAGGGAAGAAGUUGAAGCACAGGUUGACUUCUGCCAGUCCUCUGAAGACUACCUCAAGUUUGAAAGUGGUUUGAUGGACCAGACAUCCUCACAGCACCCUCUUGAAAACUCCAGCCAGAAUAGCAAUCGGGCAGUUUCUGCCAUACUGGGCUCAGUUCAGUCAGCUGCUGCCAGAGCCCAGCUCUUCCCACUGGACAUGCAAGGCAAUCAGAUUCUUCUAUAUAACCAGGCUAAUCUAGACUCCUCUCCUCCAUUAGGGCUUUCGGGAGGUUUGCCUGGAGUGUCUUUAAAGGGAAAUGUGGAACAUGGAGCGGUUCACUUGUCUGGGCAUGGUGGAAUGGAUGGUGUAUUAGAUGGUUUAGAUGGCAGUGGGACUGUCAACUCCUCAGGCAAAGUCUUCAUGUGCCACUGUGGCAAAAAGUUUACCCACAAAAGCAUGAGAGACCGUCACAUCAACAUGCAUCUGGAUCUGCGGCCUUUCCACUGCCCGGUAUGUGCUAAGAAGUUCAAAAUGAAGCACCAUCUCACAGAGCACAUGAAGACACAUACGGGUUUGAAACCCUACGACUGCCAUGGCUGUGGGAAGAAGUUCAUGUGGCGUGAUAGCUUCAUGAGGCAUCGCUCACACUGCGAGAGGCGUAAUGGGACUGGUGGUGAUAUUAAAGCACGAGGAUCUGAAGGGACGGUCAUAUCCCCUACACAUCUCCUUCAGCAGCAGCCUUCAGCCAAUGAAAGUACUCAAGGAAGUGUGGUUGGUAGAAGUGGAGUCCCAGUUUUGUCUCCACACCACACCAGCAGUACUAGUGGUGGGGUAUCUUGUUUGACCAUGGCUUUACCUGGGCCUCUAUUAGGAAUAAAUCCCCAAAGUGGGAUGUAUGGGCUUGGUUCUGGUGUUCUUGGGCUGGGGGUAAGCCAUAACCCAUGUGCCGAUGAGGUUAGCGAAGUUAGCGUUGGCGAAAGCAGUGUCACUUAAAUACAUCAGAUAUUAUUGAGCAUUUUUUUAGCAUCUGUAACCCCUUUAGAAAGGGAAGUAUGACUUUAUAAUUCUCAACUAAUUUAAAGGGACCAUGUGUACAGUUGUUUGAUCCUUCUCACAUUUACAAUGUUGUGUGUUCUAGUGCAUGUGCCCAUAUGAUGGUAGGAGAAAAAAAAUCCACAAGUGACCAUUAUUAUAGCACUUAUAUAGUACGAUAUACAUAAAGUAUGUAGGCUGCUAUGGUGAACACCAGAAUUCAGAGUAACAUUAUUUUUACCUGGCAUAAAAUAUGUCAGUCACUGUUGCACACAAUCUGCCUCAAUAUCGUAGAUUUAUCCACUUUCAUUUCAAAGUGCCAUACAUUCCAGUAGCUAGUAUUGUUGUGAUGAAAUAUAUUUGGGUCUGUUUACACUACACAUCAUUUCAGACAAAAUGUUGGCCAACAUUUUAUCUAGGACUAUCUAGAACUGUUUCCAGUUUGCCUAAACUGUGUUAAAGGCUGCCUCUUAAACAAGUGCUAUAGUGCAGGAAUGCGCCUCCUGUAUAUCUGGUUAGUUAACUGUGCAGUGUUAAACUAUCAAUCAAUCUGUUUGUUUGUUUGUUUAACGUACCAAACUUUUAACAGGAUGCACAUUACCUAUGGGCAAUGUGUUAUUUCAAUGUAUUUAGCACUACCAGGGUGCAUUGAAUGUUUGUGUGUAUGGAUUUUUUUUCUUUAAUAGGAAGUUCCUGAUUAUAAUAUUUAUAGAAUUAUUAUAAUAUUAAUGCCAUUUUAUGUUAACAUAAGUUAGUAUUAAGAUCUCCAGUUUUGCCCUUUUGAAGAUAAUCAUUCUGGGAUUUCGCUGUGAUAAACAGUGGCCCCUUUGCAGCCCAAGGGGCUGAAUUCACAAAAAAAAGAAAACAGACACGUGUUCUUAGAAAAAACUUAAAGAAUAAGUAAAACUUUUUAAGAGAAUAUUUUUCUUAGGAAAGCUUUUGUGAAUCCAGCCCAUGAUCUUUUAAACCAAACUGUAUUAAACAAGACAUUGUUUUAACUACGGGUUAAGUUAUGACUGAGCGAAGUUCUUCUUACUCAGUAAAGCACAACAACAAACAUGCAAUCUAUGCAAUAUUGCAAAUCAUUGCAAGUGACUAAAUCACAUCAGCAGAUGAACUUUUGCAUUUGAGUAUCAGUAAACAGGUUUUAAUUAGACUGGUUUCUUUCUUUUGAUGCAUUAAAGUUUUUCCACAGUGCACCACUGAAACAUAGUCUAAUGGAAUAUACUAUGUUUAUCACAAAUUUAAACCGGACAGUGGAACCUGCACACAAUGCAUUUAAAUACACAAUAUUUAUUUUUAGAUGUUUGAAAAAGUAAAGGUACAGAACAUUUGUACACAUUGUAUUAAUUAACAUCUCGUUCCAAGUCAUAUGUGAGAUUUUCUUAGCUGAGGCAAUGCAGUGACUACCAAACAAGAUUAUUGUGGCCAAAACAUGUUGGAAGGUACUGAACUGGCACAUUGGUUCCUCAAGUUGUUAAAUACUUGACAAUACAGGGCUAUGUGAGAUUAAACAGUUAUGAGCAACACUGGUUCUGAUAAUAAGGAUUGUCUUCUGUGAAGGCUAUAGAAAAGAUUUGCCAUGUUUUUAAAUGGACUUGUAGAACUUUAAAAGAAUAGAUGAAUGUGGCACGAAGGAUGGUUCCCAGUAUGUUUGGAACAUUUUUACCACAGUAUCAAAUUCAGUCCCAGUAAACUGCAUGUUUAGGAGCUGAUUAAACUAAUAAUAAAGUGGACCUGGAUCUUUUAUUUAUGAGAUAUUGGUGCAAGAAACAUUUUUUGGUAUAUGGCAAAAUGGGGGAAAAUAAUGAAAUAUAUAAUAAUUCAUCUAAGCACAUGUUCUUAUUAAAACAAAAGAGCUUUCAGUUCUAGGCCUGUUUUAAUUAAUGCCUAGAAUUAAGUGUCAUUUAUUCCAGCAGUAGACUUAAAUACAAAGACAAAUAGUGGAGUACAUACUAUUGUUAUCACAUACUCGACAUCAUACUGCCUCACUUUUUACUUUAACGAAUUUGAAGCUGAAAUGGUGCGAUAUGUCACAUACUCCUUAAAGCGAACCAUGUUGGCCACCACGACCAGAUACCUCAGACCUUAUAUCAUAUUUUCCCUGCUGCAGCUGUGUUUAAGUGACAGUUGUUGUGAUUAAUGCUUAUUAGAAACCAUGCAACUAGCAGCAGACUUAACUGCUCAUUUCUCAUUUAGAUCCAGUAUCUAAUGCAGUAGAUCAAUGUUGUCAAUUAACUCUACAUGAAAAAGAAAAAUAAACACUAUCUGUUGCAGUAA